AUGAGGGAGAAGAUACAGCGCAUCAAAGCUGCAAAUCCUAAAGCUCUACGGCUGGAUCAGUUUCGGAAGUGGGCUUAUGGAAAUUCGACAACACCAUAUCUGCUCAGCAGCGUUAGUGGUCCUAUUUGGGUGAAGACACCGACCAAUAUUGCCGCGUUCUUCCAAUCAGUCAUUGCUUUGCAUCUUUUAAAAUUUUUAGUUGAUCAUAAUCAAGAUAUUAAUAAUGUUGUUUUAGAAAAUGCUUGUGAACAAUUGGCAAUUGUUUUACACUAUGUGGAUGCAAAAGGAUGUGUGCUUGAGCGAUUUAUUCGUAUUAUUCAUGUUAGUGAUACUUCCUCUAUAUCUCUCAAGUCUGCAAAAGAUGGAUUAUUUUCAAGACAUGGAUUGAGUUUAUCAUCUCUACGUGGGCAAGGCUAUGACGGAGCUAGUAAUAUACGAGGAGCAAUUAAUGGUUUGAAGUCUUUGAUGUUGAAAGAAAACAGUUCUACAUACUAUGUUCAUUGUUUUGCUCACCAAUUGCAAUUAGCACUUGUAGUAGUGACAAAGAAUCAUGUGCAAAUUGCUCUGUUGUUUAACCUAGUCUCAAGUUUAUUGAAUAUGGUUGGAGCUUCUUGUAAGGGAAAAGAUCCUCUUCAUGAGAAGCAAUUUAGUAAGAUUGUUGAAGAAUUAAAAAAUGGUGAAAUCUCAAGUGGUCGAGGUUUAUAUCAAGAAACUUCUCUUUAA